AUUCUCUCUCUCUCUCUCUCUGAUUUUGUCGGUGUUAUCUAGAUCUCUCUCUCUCUCUCUCUCUGAGAGCCUCACAGCUAUCAAAAGUCUCUCAAAUUCUGAGCUUUGAGAGUACUUUGUAAUAGCUGCUGUUGUUGUUACUUGUUAUCAUUGGUAGAACUUGCUUGUUGAAGGGUUUGUAAGGAACAACAAUUUGGGAUUGCUGAGCAGAGAGUGCAUGAGGGAUUUGUUGGCGUUGGGUUGGAUAGUCGUUCUUCUUCUAUGUUGGUGAAGGGGUUUGGAGGAACAAGGAGAAUAAGGAGGGACUGUGGGCUUGUGAUCCGGAGCAGGGGUAGGUGGGGCAAAUGUGGCUAAGGCUCAGCUAAAGCUGACAGCUUCGUUCUACUUUUCAACCAUUUUUCACACCUGGGUUUUCUCUCUUUCUUCCUGAUCUCAACUGGGUCUCAGGUUUUUCAGCUCAAUUUUUGGAUUCUGGGUUCUGGGUUUGCUUUAAAAUGCAGCAAGAUCAGAGGAAAAAGAAUUCAACUGAGAUGGACUUUUUCUCCGAAUAUGGUGAUGCCAAUAGAUACAAAAUUCAGGAAGUUAUUGGAAAAGGAAGUUAUGGCGUUGUUUGCUCAGCAAUUGACACUCAUACUGGUGAAAAAGUGGCAAUAAAGAAAAUACAUGAUAUAUUUGAACACAUAUCUGAUGCUGCGCGUAUUCUUCGUGAGAUAAAGCUGCUCAGACUUCUACGACAUCCUGAUAUUGUUGAAAUUAAACACAUUAUGCUUCCACCCUCUAGAAGGGACUUCAAAGAUAUUUAUGUUGUUUUUGAGCUCAUGGAAUCAGAUCUUCAUCAAGUCAUCAAAGCCAAUGAUGACCUGACACGAGAACACUAUCAGUUUUUCCUAUACCAACUACUUCGUGCCUUGAAGUAUAUUCACACUGCAAACGUCUACCAUCGAGAUUUAAAACCGAAGAAUAUAUUGGCAAAUGCAAACUGUAAACUUAAAAUCUGUGAUUUUGGUUUAGCAAGAGUCGCAUUCAGUGAUACACCUACAACAAUAUUUUGGACGGACUAUGUUGCUACAAGAUGGUAUAGAGCUCCAGAGCUUUGUGGAUCAUUUUUCUCGAAGUAUACACCUGCAAUUGAUAUAUGGAGUAUAGGCUGCAUAUUUGCCGAGGUAUUAACUGGGAAGCCACUUUUUCCUGGAAAAAAUGUUGUACAUCAGCUGGAUUUGAUGACUGAUCUGCUUGGAACACCUUCAUUAGAUACCAUUUCUCGGGUUCGUAAUGAGAAGGCAAGGAGAUACUUAACUAGCAUGAGGAAAAAGCAGCUUGUGCCAUUUGAACAAAAAUUCCCAAAUGCCGAUCCUUUAGCAUUACGACUAUUGGAAAGAUUGCUUGCCUUUGAUCCAAAGGACCGGCCUACAGCUGAAGAGGCAUUGGCUGAUCCUUACUUCAAGGGACUGGCGAAAGUUGAGAGGGAGCCUUCCUGCCAGCCUAUUACAAAGAUGGAAUUUGAAUUUGAGAGGCGAAGGGUCACAAAGGAGGAUAUACGGGAACUAAUUUUCCGAGAGAUACUAGAGUACCAUCCUCAACUACUGAAAGACUACAUGAAUGGGACUGAAAGGACUAAUUUUCUCUAUCCAAGUGCUGUUGAUCAAUUUCGAAAACAGUUUGCAUAUCUUGAGGAAAAUGGUGGUAAGAGUGGGCCAGUAAUUCCACUUGAAAGAAAGCACGUGUCCCUUCCUAGGUCUACAAUUGUACACUCGAAUGCAAUCCCUCCCAAAGAACAACCAUACAUCCCUCCCUACAAAGAUCGCCAAACUGGAGAGGAGGCUUACAACAAAAAUUCCAGAGAUACAGAUGGAAUAUCUAUGAAUGUAAUGAGGAGCAUGCAGGCAUCACAGAGGAUUCCACUAGCCAAACCUGGAAAAGUUGUUGGGCCAGUUGUACCAUACGAGAAUGGAAACGGCAAGGAUGCCUACGACCCAAGAACAGUAAUCAGAAAUGCAGUCCUGCCUCCUCAGGCGGUCCCUCCUGCAUAUUAUUAUCGCAAAUCUAGCAAUGGAAAUCAAGAAAGAUCAGUGACAGAAUCUCAAAGGGACUUGUCCUCGCAAGUCAAACAAGCCCCUCAAUGUGGCAUGGCUGCCAAAUUAGCACCGGAGAUUGCUAUCAACAUCGAUAACAACCCCUUUUUUAUGACAAGGGCAGGAGUGACCAAGGUAGAACACAUGGAUGAUCGAAUAGGUAUAGAAACAAACUUGCUUCAGGCAAAGGCUCAAUAUGGUGGGAUUAGUGCUGCUUCUGCAGCUGCUGCAACUGCAGCUACCCACAGAAAGGUUGGGACUGUUCAAUAUGGUAUGACGAGGAUGUAUUAAAGAACAGCUGAAGAGAAAGUUGCGUCAAGAGAUAUUUUGGUGAAAUGAAGAAAUAUGCGCAGAGGAAGGCUUUUUCCAGGGACUGGGAUAAGACCCCUCCGGGUUGUGUAAAAAGAAUGAGGUGAGGGAGUGAUUUCCCUGAAAGAGCCGGCUUUCUCAGGUUAUGUUAGAUGUUAUCUGCCAUUGGAAACUAUAUUUAGUGAAAUAUUAUAUCUUCAAUUUCAUAGAAGAAGUUUCUUCCUUUCCCUCGUAAUUACCUACGUAGUGAUGGCUAGGUUUAGUAGGGCCAUAUAACUGGACAGAUUGUUGGUUCUUCUAGUGCCUGAUAUUCUCGGCGAAGUUAAUUACCAUGUUUCCAAGUUCUUAUUGUUUCUUACAUGUAUAAAUUGAAUUUGUUCUUA